AUGGAGCCCGGCAAGGAGGGUUCCGUCAACGAGGCUGGUCUCUUUGCCCUGCGCGGCAGGCAGGAGGGUGGACGACGCUCCAGGAGGACGACCACUACCAGCACGACCGCUGCGACGCCGGUGCCGACGCUGACUGCACCCUCGGAGGACGUCGUGCAACCUGCCGCCCUCCUGGCCCCGGAUGACGAACCUUGGCCGACGGGCUUCCCGACUUCCACGAACGAUCCCUUCCACUUGUCCACGAACUCGCCCAGGCCACCCAUCGAAAUCGUCGUCAAACCCCAUAGCAAGGUCGUUCUACCUUGCGAACUCGAUGGGAACUAUUCGAAACUCUUGCCAGCGACCAGAAGUUACAGAGCGAGGCCAGCGACCUGGUUGCACGCCGGGCACUCCGUCGACAUGAUCACCAUAGACACUAGAACGGAGAUGAGCGGCACUGGACACAGAUACGUCGGCGACUCCACCACAGCCGCCUUGCAUAUCGACAACGUCCGUUUGGAGGACGACGGAACGUGGGGCUGCAGUCUCGAGGACGACCGCGGACAGCUCGUCUUCGGCAGACCCGUCAAACUCGUCGUGCUGGACGCGCCCCGCGGGACGUAUCUGCUGAUAGAUGGCCGCCGCCUGGAUCCCGGAAACCUCUUCGUCCCGGUAAAGGAGGGCUCUGAGCUGACCCUGGAGUGCGCCGCCGAAGGUGGCAACCCACCUCCCAUGCUGGCCUGGGGCAUGACUUUGUCGCAAGCCACCCUGGACGGGCCCGAACAACCCCCGGACAAUCUGACGGUUCUGCCCACCACCACCGGUGGAAGAAGCGGGGCGCACCUGAAGGUCCUCAGGGGCCAUCACAACGCCACCAUCACCUGCGUCGCCAGGCACGUCACCCUGCCGGUCGCCAUGAACGCCAGCAUCCUCCUGGACGUCCAAUAUACUCCGUCGUUCGCGAUAACGCGUUUGCCCGGCUUCGGGAUCCCGAUCGUCGAGGGGAUGUCCGUCAGCCUGAAAUGCGAGGUGGACAGCAAUCCAUCGAGCACCCCAAUUUGGCAGCGCGACAAUGGAUCGCCGCCGGUGGAGCAGAGCGACGAUGGCUGGUUGAAUUUCACAAAAAUCACCCGGGAGGAGAGCGGCUGGUACAAGUGUUACACCUUGCACAUGCUGAACAUUUUUACGAGCAUCGGAUACUUCCUGAACGUACGCUAUGAUCCAGAUUUGGAGACGGAGGCGGAGGUGCUGAACGGAGAGGCGACGGAUUCCAGAAAAAUGGAGAUCCAGAUCGGGGGAGCGGUCACUCUGGAGUGCGACGGGGGAUGCUGGGGACAUGGACCAGGGAUGGAUCCCGUGGGAGGACCUGGACCCCUGGCCCUGAGUCGCGUGGUGUACCAGGAAGCCGGAGAGUAUCGGUGCGUUGCGCCGGAUCGGAAGAUGCAGGACACCUGGCGGGCCCAGCUUCCGUACCACAUCAAAGUCACAGGGGGCCCCAUGAUCCACCCAUCGUCGCAGAGCGUGACGGCCAACGAGGGCGAGGUUCUGGACGUGGUGAUGGAAUUCUGCGCCUCGCCCGCCUACACCAAGGUCCUAUGGUUGUCCGAGGAACGCGUCUACGUCCCAGGAGGACCCGCAAGGGACGGCAUUCGAGCACUCGCGAUAGAAAACGGCGAGACGGAGGCCUGCCACAGGACAAUCCUGCACUUCGAGACCGUCCAAUGGUCCCACGCCGGAGAGUGGUUGCUCCUGGUUCGUUCCCCGGAAGGCAUCGCCGGCUCUUCCGUUUUGCUCAACGUGACGCGAGCUUCCGGCUACAGUCACGCCCACCUUCGGUCGCUAAGUCUGCCGAAUCUUUUUCUCUGCCUAACUCUGAUUCUCCUGCGCCUCCGUCGUUAGGGCCCUUUUUAGUUCCACUUUCGGGCCAACGAACUAACGAACCCAGAGAACGGAAUCGACGACCUAAGAGGGCCAAAAAUCUCACCUCCCUUCGCCUAUCCUAGACUCGUCCUUAAGAGGAUAUGAAAGGCGCUAAGAAA